GUUCUAGAACCCCUAUCCCGGCACGCAGCGCGUGCGCACGCGUGUGGGACCAACAUGGAGGAGCUGACGGUGGAGGUGCGCGGCUCCAACGGCGCUUUUUACAAGGGAUUCAUCAAAGAUGUCCACGAAGAGUCUCUGACCGUCGUCUUCGAGAACAACUGGCAGCCGGAGCGACAGGUUCCUUUCUACGACGUGCGAUUGCCGCCACCCUCAGAUGCCCCGAGGGACAUCGGCGAAGGAGACCACGUGGAGGUUUUCUCGAGGGCCAGCGAGCAGGAGCCCUGUGGCUGGUGGCUGGCUCGGGUUCGAAUGGUCAAAGGCGAUUUCUACGUGAUUGAAUACGCCGCGUGCGAUGCCACCUACAAUGAGAUCGUGACGUUCGAGAACCUUCGGCCUGUGAACCGGAGCAAACCGGUGACGAAGAGCACCUUCUACAGGUGCACCGUUGCGGUGCCGGAGGACCUGAAGGCGGCGUGCGAAAAUGAACUCGUGCACAAAGACUUCAAGAAAGCGGUGGAGGCCAGUAGGAUCUUCUACAGCCAUGAAUCGCGGAGCCUCGUCAUACUGUCCAGGAAGGAGUCCACGAUGAAGCGCGUCUCCAUCCUGAGCGACAUGCACCUGCGCAACAUCCGCACCAAACUGAUGCUCAUGUCUCGGAACGAGGAGGCCACGAAGCACCUGGAGAGCACCAAGCAGCUCGCGGCAGCUUUCCAGGAGGAGUUUGUGGUCAGGGAGGAUCUCAUGGGUCUCGCCAUCGGGAGCCACGGCACCAACAUCCAGCAGGCCAGGAAAGUCCCCGGGGUGACGGCCAUCGAGCUGGAGGAGAGCAGCGGGACGUUCCGCGUUUACGGCGAGAGCGCGGAAGCGGUGAGGACGGCCCGGAUUUUCCUCGAGUUCGUGGAGGACUCGGUGCAGGUGCCCAGAAACCUGGUCGGCAAGGUGAUCGGGAAGAAUGGGAAGGUCAUCCAGGAGCUGGUGGACAAGUCCGGCGUGGUCCGAGUGCGAAUCGAAGGAGACAACGACAGCAAAAUCCCUCGGCAGGAAGGCAUGGUCCCGUUCACCUUCGUGGGCACGAAGGAGAGCAUCGGCAAUGUCCAGGUCCUCCUCGAGUACCACAUAUCCUACCUGAACGAAGUGGAGCAGCUAAGGCUGGAGAGGCUGCAGAUUGAUGAACAGUUGCGCCAGAUGGGCAUGGGUUUCAGGCCCCUAUUGGGUCGACCAGUGGACAGGGAUAGAGGAUAUGUUGGUGACGAGAGCGCGACCGGCAGGCCCUAUGCCGGGCGUGGACGGGGCCGAAGGGGCCCCAGCCACUCGUCUGGAUACGGAACGAACUCGGAGCAGUCCAACGCCUCUGAAACCGACUCGGACAGGAGGGAGGAGCCCAGCGGCCGGCCCGUGGCUGGGGAGGAGCGUGAGAAGGAGGCCCGAAGGAGACCCGCUGCGGUGCGGGGACGAGGGGGCCCCGCGGGGAGGGGGCGUGGUGCCACAAGAGCUUUCACAGCCUCUUCCAUCAGCUCCGUGCUGAAGGACCCGGACAGCAACCCGUACAGCGUGCUGGACAGCACUGAUGUGGACAACCCAGGCGACCUGGAUGACGGUGACUCGCAUUCCAGGGCUGGGCGCCGCCGCCGCUCUCGCCGUCGCCGGACCGACGACGAGCCCACGCUGGUGGACGGCACGAGCGAGUCCAACACCUCCUCCCCCAACGGGAACCUUCACAUGGAAGAGCUGGAUGUGGGAGAGGAGAACGCUCCUGGUGCGACGGAGGGUGCGGCCGAGGCCGGUCACCAGGGCGACAGAGGGCAGCCGGCCGCGCUGAACGGCGUCUCCUAAACGCAUCAUUCACACGGCAUCCGCUUCAUUCCACAGUACUGCCUGUUUAAUCUCGCCAAAGAUGAGACUGCCAGAUUUUUUUUUACUGCACUUUUCCGUUCCGUUGCAAUGGAACAGCGGGGGGGGGACAUUCCCAGUAGUAAAAAAAAAAAAAAAAAAAAAG